CUCGUUCCCCCCUCCUGUUUCUUCUCCAGCCCCGAUCGACAUCUACACCUUCCCUUUCUCACCCGGCUGACAGGACAGCCUCUUGGACGUUUCCCACCAACAUCCAUCUCCAGUGUCACUCGCCCCACUUGUGUGUUGGACCCUCCUCCUGCAAGGGACGUCUAUCAAGGAGCUCUAGAACCGCCAAUCUCACGGCUGUACGACGACGCAGUCUCCCAGAUUGAAGCAUCGGUCAUGAAUUUCAAAGGUCGGAGCAGCACGUCAGACGCAUAAAUAUAGCAAGUCAGUCGGUGGUGCAGACCCUGUGGCCACCCGACGCGAAACAGAGCUCGGAAACAUGUUGUCGCACCAUGGAGCCUUCUCGCCAGGGACGGCAAUCACCAGCGCCAACAGGAAACAAUCAAUACAGCGCCGGGUCCACCAACAGGUGUACUUGAGAACCCUCUCACCCGCUGCUUCUGUUGGCCGCUUGCUUUGCUGGCUGGUUGUGCUUCUGUUUGUGGCGUCACUCUUUGCAACGUCCGAGGCUGCACACGGUGAUCUUAGAGAUCGACGAAAAAGACCUUCGUUCCCUGCACUCCCCAUCAACAUCGACCCCGUGCCAGCGCCUCGAGCAUCUUCUCUUUUGCUCGUUGAUACUCGCCCUCCCCCUCAAGCCCCUCCUUUAAUGCCUCCAACCAAUGAUGGAAUUGCGAAUCAGAUCCCGAAUACGCCGUCCAUCAAAAGAGCGGAUGGCACUUUUGAAAUCCCGAGACCGUUCGAUUCAUCGCUGUCGAACAAUUUCACGGACAACUGCGACAAUUUCUUCAAACGCAUGCUGUCCAGCGAGACCGUCACCACCUGCCACCCUUUCUCCAUGCUGCUCCAGACUUCCAAUGGUCUCUUCGAAGCAUCCAAAUCGUUCGUUCGCAUCACACAAACCCUGGAGAACACUUGUGCCGCGAACAUGACGCAAUGCCUUGGGGGUAUGGAUGCCCUCGCCCGCGAGCUCAAGACCGAUGCGGCCUGUGGCGUGGACUACAACAACAACAAUGCACAAGCUGUGCAAGCGUACAACGGGCUGAUAGCGUACGAGCCCCUUUACCGAGCGAGCUGCUUGCGAGACGACAGUGGUAACUACUGUUACGCCAACGCCGUUACCAACCAGACGUCACAGGGUUCAGACGGAAAUCCAUACUAUAUGCCCAUCGGGAUGAAACUCGUGAGCGGCCGUCCAACGUGCAACACUUGCCUUCAAGAUACCAUGGCCAUCUUCUCCACCUUUGCUGGCAACGCCUCGCAGCCUAUCAGCCAAACCUACGCCAGCGGCGCACAGCAAAUCGUCGUCUACUGCGGACAGAACUUCAUCAACGUAACCGCCGCUCCAUUAAAAGGUGCUGCUUCAGCUUCCGCGACCACUGCUUUUGCGCCGGCCCUGACGCUUUUCCUAAUGCUUUUCUUACUAAUUUUCCCAUAA